CUCGAACCGAGUGUCGUCUUGGCUGGAGUUCCCCUGGAGUCCCUAGUCCCCUCUCUCUCCUCUUGCCUCCCCCCCCCCCCCCUGGCGAUGUACAGACCUUGCCUUACAGACCUUGAAGCACAACCGUAAUCUUCUUGAGGAGUCCUCGUCUCGGCCACGCCACGAGGCGAGAUGAGACGGACGACACCUUAUUAUCCUUACCGUACGCCGCCAUUCACGUCUCCUCCUCUUCCCCCCCUUUCUCUCCACCGCCUCUCCCUCGGUCGCCGCCCUGUCGUGUGUGUAACUCCCAUCACUCUUUAUCAUCAUCCUACUGGAUCCGCACGUCGAGUCAUUCAGAGUUGCACGGAAUCUCUACUGCGGCACCGUCGCUCAAUCGCCAAAUCCCCACCGAACGGCCCUUUGAUUGGUGUAUCCCAAACAGCCCCCAAGCCACCUCCCUCUCGUACCUCCCGACCUUUCCAGCCAGGUCCAGCACCAUCCACUGUGCUGUCCACAUACCUACCUAGGAGAGACACCGGGCGGGCAACGGUCAACAACCAUCCCGGUCUCGCAUAUCCACCUUGGUGUACAUAAGCUGUUCCGCACCACAAACGGGCCUGCCCACUUCUGCCCCUCGUUGCUUCAUCGGGCACCGUCGCAUCCCCCCGAGCCAACCAACGACCGGCUGCCAGAUCAAGGGCUCCAGUAACAGUGUCCGCCCCUCUCGGCCACGCCUACCCGACACCGAUCCCCG